CACACUGUCGCUCUCUGUGACUCUCUCUCGGCUUCACCUUCCUCGCUUCCUCUCCCUCUCUGUGUGACGCUCGCGCACAGUCCUGAGAGUCGCGCCGACAGCCCGCAGCUCGCGCCGGUUCUUCUCGCUCCACACACCUCGGAUCUUUUCAGGGGAACGUGCGCAGCCCUCGCGCGCUGUUAUCUGCGGCAAAGCGGUGGGACAGUGGAGUGUUUAGCACCGCGCAGACCUCCAGCCUUCACACACACAUACAGGAGUUAUUCUGGGCUCUUUUUCUGCGGGAUUUAAACAGCGAGGACGCUUGGUGUUAAAGGAGCGAGGAAGACUUCUGAAAAAAUGCUGAUUCGUCGGUGGUGGUUGCAGGCUGGUUGCUAGGUCGCAGCUGUCUGUCAAGGCUGACAUGGAGCGAGAGGGCUCGUUUAGGAGGAUUUCGAGGAGUCUCCACAGUAAGCUGAGGUUGGGAGGCGGCUCGUCCUCCAGUCUGACCGACCUCGCGCAGGCAAAAACCUCAGGAGGAGGAGGAGGGGAUAAGGGAGGAACAACUGGGGGACUGGGUGAAGAGUGCAGCAGGGACAGAGGGACCCAGCAGAGGAGGGCCGGGGCCAACGCCACCUGGAACAGCAUCCACAACGCAGUGAUAUCAGUGUUCCAGAGGAAGGAUCUGGGGGAAAAUGAACUCUACACUCUGAACGAAGGUGUCAGGCAGCUGCUGAAAACAGAGCUGGGCUCCUUCUUCACUGAGUACCUUCAGAAUCAGCUCCUCACUAAAGGCAUGGUGAUACUGAGAGACAAGAUCCGCUUCUAUGAAGGUCAGAAGUUGCUGGACUCCCUGGCCGACACAUGGGACUUCUUCUUCUGUGAUGUUCUGUCCAUGCUGCAGGCCAUCUUCUAUCCUGUACAGGGAAAGGAGCCAUCAGUGCGUCAGCUGGCUCUGCUCCACUUCAGGAACAUCAUCACCCUCAACCUGAAACUGGAGGAGGCUUUGUCUCGACCCCGAGCCAGAGUUCCUCCUUCUAUCAUACAGAUGCUGCUAAUACUACAGGGAGUCCAUGAAUCUAAAGGUGUAACAGACGACUACCUUCGUCUGGAGACACUCAUCCAGAAGGUGGUCUCUCCUUACCUCGGGACUCAUGGGCUAUAUUCCAGAGAUGGAUCUUCCAAUUUGCACUGCUCCUCCUGCCUACUAGAGAAGCGUUUGCAGCACUCCUGGCCCUCCAAACCAGGCAACGCCCCCAUCGCCAAGAACCCAGUGGUGCGCUCUAAGAGCUACAACGUUCCCAUGCUGACCCCUGUGGUGGAGUACGAUGGCGACUCCUCCACAGGAAGUGGCACUGCGAUUAGACGACACUCUGUCUCUGAGAUGACUUCCUGUGUGGAGGAGAGCUGCUCUUUGGCCGAAUCCACGACCACUGCCACCAAAAACACCAGCAACACCAGCACACCCAGCCUCACCAGCCACUCCCCAGCUUCCACGGCCUCUGCUGCACUUUCAGACACUGUGACCUCCACCCAGGACCCCCAACCCAGAGACGCUGACAGCCCCGCAGGUCCCCACUCUCUCCAGUCACCGCAUCACUCCCUCUGCAUCCUCCCAGAGCCUUCCCCAGGCACGGACACACACUGCACAGGUUCGCUGGUGUCAGACUCCCCCGCAUCCUCCCGAGUCCUGGCUCAGGACACCAGCUCCGGCCCCAGUCCUUCGUCCAGCCCAGAGAUCAUGAUGCACCACAUCCCGGAGUCUUUGGACUCGGAGCCGGAGCACGAGGGCAUCUUUCUGGACUUCUCACGACACUGUUCUGGAGAGUUGGACACGCAGCAGAGACAGCAGCAGGCGGUGUGUGGCGUGACAAACACACACACACACAUCUAAGGAGAUGUGCACCAAUGCAAACAGUGCCGAGCCAAGAUGACUCCUCACACUCUGCGACACUUCCUGUUGUUCCUAGGAGACUCUAGAUCAUCAGGGAUCCUUUCAAACUAAAAUAUUUUUUUAGAAGGUGUGGUUGCCCAUUUCUAGAAACAAGUCUAACCUCAUCCUGUCUGGUAAACAUAUCAAUUUGACCUUUUUUUUUAAGUGUAUUCCCCCAGUUUGGAAACAUCAGUCCUGGUCUCUCUGUGAAGCUACAAUCACAGUAAUCGCUUGACUUUCAAACUCAGCUAUAGUCAAGUGGUCAUAUCACAGGUCUCUCAAACACAUAGAGCCAGUGAUGAUAACACAUCAGGUGCACGUGCUGAAAUGAUUUAAUUGCUGUCAGAUAUCUCUUAGGGCUAUCUGGCUGUUGAAUUCAAACUUUUUUUAACACUUUAAAUGUUAAAGAAACUCUCCAGUCUGACCGGUGAUGCUUCUUUAUUGUUGGUUGAACCUCAACUUAUUUUAUUAAUUGAUGAUUAAAAUAUUAAUUUGAA